CUCAUUUAAAAUUGAUAAUUCUACGCAUAAUAAGCUGCGAAUACGUUACCACGUCAGUGUGUUGGUCGAGUUAUAAAAACAGAGAGCGGCGGCAACGACAAACACGUGAAUUUCCCCCUCCAUUAUCAACCGUUGAUCGUUUCUCUCUCAAGAAAAUGAAAAUAUAAUUCUGUAACCAACAAACAAAGACGGAGCAUAUCAUUAUCAUCUGGUCUGGAAAAUUACCGGAGCCAAGUCUUGUCUUCUCUCCCCCUUUUAAACCCUAGCAUGGAUACGCUCCCGAUCACAACCUUAUUGUGUUAAGAUUCGUUAAGCCAAAUGGAAAAAGGGUAAAUUUUUCGGAUGAGUGCUCUUUCGCUGAUAUAGGCCGCUGGUUAAGGUAAAUUGAUCGAUUUAAACCUUAGCAUUUAUUAUUUGGAUAACGUAAUUCAAUUUCUCCCCUUCCGAGUUUAGUAAAUCUAGAUAACUUAUUUACCAAAUUCAAGCAGCUGUAGUUUGAGUCAAUUUCGCCCCCUUUUUCGUAUGCGCGAAUCCUAGGCUGUAGUCCGUGAUUGCUGUUUGGGCGAUAUUUCUAAGCUUUUCAGUUAUCAUUUAUUUCGCUUACAGGUUGGUGGAUCAGUGGAUGAUUACUAUGUGUAGAGAAGUGGUGGAUUCUUCAAGGUUAAACUUUUCCUGAUAAGCACUCAAUGGACCGAGAUUUGGGAGACACGUCGCUUGAGUCACACUCAAACGCAACAGAGAGAUUGAAUGUGGGGGUCAUAAGUAAUAGAAAAAAGUUACCGAAAAACUAUUUAGUUGCUACAGCCUCUGAGCACUUCACAUCGAAGGCUUUGAAGUGCAUUACGUCAGUCAAGAAAUGUGUACGAACUGGUGGAGCUGUGGAUAAUGUGGUUAUGUUUUUUAUCACAACUGCUGCUUUAGAAGUUCUGAGGAGGUUCUCCAAGUCAAAGUGUCCUUUCAUUUGGAAUGGUCUCCAGGCAUUACAAGCUAUAUGUUAUCCACCGUUGAAGUGGAUGCAGAAAUGGAUUCCUUUCAAGCCUCUAGCCAAAGAAAUGCAGAAAAUCUCUGGACCAAUGUUAUUUCUUUCAAUUGCAACACUUUUCUCCGAUGACUCGUCACCAAGUGAAGACCCAUCAUAUGAUUCUAAUGUUUCUCGAACACCUAAAUCUCAGCUACAGCUUUCAGAGACAAGCUGCUAUCACAAUGGGCCAGAUGCUUACCAUUCUGAAAAUUGGUUGCUUGACCUCCAUAACAAGCUCGAAAUGGAAGAUAUUACUCUACCUGAGAGGAUUGAUGAUGAUUACAUUCGUCGCUUUUAUGCUUCAACAAGAGGUGAUUUUCAAAGGACCAUGUCAUUGGUCAAGAAGACCAUUCAGUGGAGGCAGAGUUACACUUUCCUCUCAGAAGAAGAGCUAAGUGCUUGGUCUAAUGUUAUCUUUUGGCAUGGAUAUGAUUCAAGAAAACUUCCUUGUCUCAUCAUUCGACUCGGACUUGCUUGCUCCAACCUUAAAUCCACUAAGAGAGACUUUUUAGGAAAAGUUAUUGUUUCACAGAUAGAACAUGGAGUUGUGAGUUUUGUUGAUACAGAGCAUCCUCAGAUUGUGGUGUUAAUGGAUUGUGAUGGACUGUCGCCCCUUGGGUUCCCUAUCCAGAUGAUGAGAUCUUGUGCCACCCUUCUUCAAGACCAUUAUCCUAACCAUCUUUACUUAUUGAUGGUCAUACGCAUCCCUCGUGUUGCCCAUGUAAUAAUGCAGACUCUUCUCCAGGUUCUGAGACCAGCCACUAGGAAGAAAGUUGAGAUCAUAGGAAGGAACUAUGAGGAGUAUCUCUCAAAGAAGCUGGAGUCGGUCCCUGUCUUCCUUGGUGGAAAUUGCUCGUGUUCAAAAUGUUCGCCUCAAAGGAUUCCAGAGGUCACUGUUGAAGAAAUCCAGUUGACAGCUUCUUCCUCCACUGCACACAACUCCAAUGACGACAAUGACAACACCCCUGAAUUUCACGGUCAUACAGUUUCUUACAUGAAUCCUAGGUUUUAUCCUCUGACGAAGGAACCGCUUAUAAAGAUCAUUAUCAUAGGUGUAGUUAUGCUUUGGAUCUUAGUUGCCAUGAUUUUGGGAACUAACAAUUCAGAAUAUUAGGGUGCCUUCUGUCUACUGGAGAGUACAUGUUAUUCUUCUUGUUAGUCUCUUCCCUAUUUUUCGCUGUAGUGAUCAGUAUACUAUCUUUGCUAUCAUCACCUUUUUAAAUAAUAAUAAUGAUGAUAAUGCCUUCAUUCUUCAUGUGCUUGUUAAUCCUGCAAUGUUGAACUGCUC